AUGGGUAUUUGGUACCACUCCACGGUCGACCCCGGAAACAUCAAGGCUAUACUUGCUACGCAAUUUAAUGGCUUCGAGAUGGGUCUUUUCCGUGCCCACACCCUCGGUGCGCUGCUUGGCCGCGGGAUCUUUACAAGCGACGGUAAGCAACACCACCGUGCGCUUUUACGGCCACAGUUUACACGAAGUCAAAUCUCCAACCUCGAGCUUGAAGAGGUACUUGUUCAGCAUGUGUUAAAUCGCUUCCAGCACGGUACCGACGGCUCUUGUAUGAUCCCGAUCGACCUGGCCCCUCUCUUCUUUAACCUCACGCUUGGCUCUGCAACUGAGUUUCUGUUCGGGCAGAACGUUGAAUCACAGUUAGUGGGUGGCCCCAACGCUACAAGGGUAACGGAUGAUGCUGGAAAUAAGGCAAGGGAAGGCACAAAUGGCAGAUAUUGGACAUCCUUUGGACGCGCGUUUGAUAGAGCCAACACCAUCUCUCUCAAGACCGUGCUCAUAUAUCUGCACUUCCUAUAUUCUCCCAAGUCCUUUGCCGGCGACUGCAAAACAGUGCACCAAUUCGCGGGUUAUUUUAUUCAGCAAGCGCUAAGCGAAGAGCAAGAAUCCUCAGGGAACCAUGACUCUAAAGAGGAAGCUUUCGUCUUCCUUCGUGAGCUUGCCAAGACCACCAAGGAUCCCAUAGUGCUGCGCGGCCAGCUCCUGAAUAUCCUGCUUGCCGGGCGAGACACUACCGCUGGGCUGUUGGGCUGGACCUUUUUCUUGCGUGCCCGUCAUCCUGGCUAUUACUCCAAGCUCCACAAGAUCAUUAUCGAGACUUUUGGCCCAUACUCAGAGGACGCCCUUCGCCUACCUCCCGUGGUGCCUGAAAAUGGCCGACGUGCCACCCGAAACACUAAGUUGCCUCGUGGAGGUGGCGUGGUUUAUAAUGUGAAUAUUAUGCACCGGCGCAAGGAUAUUUGGGGCGAUGACGCGAAUGAGUUUCGGCCGCAGAGGUGGUUUGCAUUACUACAGAGGUACAACAAGAUUGGGAAUCUGGAUCCGGAGGCAGUGACCAAGCAUCAGUAUACCCUCACGACAGCUUCGGUCAAGGUACUUGUCAAAUUCCACGAGGCAGCACACGCAUGA